GCGGAUUUCCAGAUCGGGAAGUGUGCAAGUUUUAAUACACUCUUCUGGCACAGCAUCUGCAGCAAGUGUUAACAUAUUUAUUGACAACGGACGCAGGCAAUAACCAAGGGAAACAACAAGUGUUGCCUAUCCUGACAUCAUGAGAGCAUGGAUUGUUCCCCUUUUGCUGGUAGCUUUGACCAGAGGUGACAGCACAAGGGAAAUGUGUGAAAUGGUCGCCUAUCCUGGUAGAAUCGCUGAUCCUAGUACAGCGGACUAUUCAAGGAACGUAACAGACGGACAAGAUCUACAGGCUUGUAUGGACAUGUGUAAUGCCAACUCGUCUUGCAAAUCCACCUUCCUGACUGACGAUCAAGUGUGCCACUUUUGGCCCCGACAGCAAAGCCUUUCCGAUGGAAGCUCGUCCGGAUACGCCAUAAAAUUAUGCUUCAGUCCGAAUGGCGGGUGCGCACAGCAAGUACUUCUUGCAGUUAAGCCACAAGUGGCUGGUUUGGCUGUCUCAUGGACUAGCUCAGACAGUUGUGUAGACGUCUGCUCACUUGUGUCCAAAUGUGUGGCUGUGACCAUUUCGGGCAAUGGUCAGUGUUCUUUCUUUUCCGCACUCGGCAGUACUUUUGAGGAACUCGGGACCACCUUAGUCGUCAAGAGACCUUGUGGGGGCUCAGGUAGCACCGCCUCUUGAGCCAGGUGUGAACGCCGACCGAUACGUUCAGUACUAUUGCGAAGAAGCGAGAAUUGGCUCUGGAUAUGCACAAAUCACCCACAACUGCACUGAUG